CCCAGUCUCUCUGAAAUGAGAAUUGUACAAACAUGGAUAAGCGCAGGAAGUCAGCAGUUGAAUAUCUGUACAAGGCACUGGUUGAUAGUGAAAAGGCAGCCCCUGAAGACUUGCCAGUGCCCUGCUGCUUUUUGCAAUCCUGAAACUUUGAAAGUUCUUGAUUCUUUUGAAGCCGGGAGUGACAAUAUGAUCUUGGCAGGACACCCUAAAAAUGGUACUAACUGGCUUGAACAAGUCAUAAAUGACCUGGAAAUUACAGCUGCAAAAUAUACAGAGGAGGAAAUUAAUGAGAGAAUUAAUAUUAGAAAUGAAUUCUCAGUAUUUCCAUGUCCAGAAUCUGGGGAUCCAGAGAAAUUUAAGAUUCAGAGAAUUAUUCCUGAUGGCUAGCAGCUGUCACCCACUAACUGGAAACUGCUGCUUGUUGUAUGGUCAGGUACAGUAAACGGGUAUCAGACAAGUUUUUCACUCCCUAGUAGGGUUGCCAGGUGUCACUGAAUUAGGU